CCUGAUUCUGAGAAAGAAAACGACUUCUUUAAUGAUCAUUUUAACAGAUAACGUCUCUUGUAAAAAUCCAAAAGCAGCAUUGUCAGCCCCCUAUCGACGGACUUUAUUUGAUCUCAUCGACAGAUAUAUUACAUUUUUAUCAGGGGCUGUAUAUCAACAGACAUUUGUCCUAUAAAUCCAGUUUUAUAGUUGCCACGUCUUUCUGGAUCAGCACUCUCUCUGUACACGUGGUCGACGGUUUAUGGGAACACGCUUCUCCUCAUAUCACGUUCCUUUAAGUGGCUUGUUGGCUCCGUGUUGGCUCCUCACACGGUGAAAGAUUACUUCACUACUUAGUGAGUGUUACUGGUUUUAAGUGAGUCUUCCUGCCUCCUCUGUGCAGAUAGAGAAUAAAACGAUUUUCCAUUUUUAAUCUACAUAUAAAGAAUGGAAAUGACAAAAAAAAAUCUCACUUCAAAUAUUGCACAGAACGUUUUUUUAAGAUGAGAGAGAAAUGAGAGUACACCAGACCUUGACGUUGAAUAAUAAGUCUUCUGGUGAAUUAUUAUUUAUUGACGAGGAACCCUUGAGCUGCACAGAACGUUCUCUCGUGUGCGUUAGUUUGAAUGAACCGGAGCAAAGUCACCGUCCCCUGAGAUCCAGUCUUCUGUGGGUUCUGCUACUGCUCACACCUGCAAUGGCUCAAUAGUUUCAUGGUGUUGCAGAGGUGUUAAUUAGAGGAGGUAACUGAGUUAUAGCAGCCUGCCUGUCUGUCUCCUGGGACACCCUGACUCUGUCCCUCCCUCUGCACUGCUCAGGUGAACGGGUUAGAUUGUGUAGUUGGGCUCUGUCCCCGGGUGGAGAGACAUGCUGAGUCUUUCCAGGGUAAUCGAGAUGAGGAAGAAAUGGAAGCAGUUGUCUCGGCUGCAGCGAAGCCUCAUCCUGCUCCUGCUGGCUCUGCUGCUCAUCGUCGGACUGCUCUCAUAUCCAAGCAUCUCGCAGCAAUGGGGAGGUGUGUCAGACAGGGACGAGUGGCUGGAUCUGACCGACAGGGAGUUGAACCAAGCUCCUCCAGCCGUGAAGCCGGUGCUGGGUGUAGAGGCAGCUAAAGCCCUCGCCCCCAUGCCGGUGCCACAUUUAGGACCAGCUGAGGUUCCAGAUACUGUGGCGGAGCCCAAAGGACCAAUCAUCCCUAUUUUGGCUAAACCUCCCAUUCAGAAAAAGACAAUUUCAAACAAGAGGGGUCCACCGGGCACGAAGAAAGAUGGCAACGCUUCAGACGUGGUCGCUGGAGAGAAUCAAGAGCCAGUGGUUGUUCAAGAAGAAGAAGAAGAAGGAAGAGAGGACGAGGACAAAGAAAAGAAAAUUGUCAGCUGGAGAGGAGCGCUGAUCGAAGCCGAACAGGCCACAGAGCCGCCGCCCUCGGCCGCUGAGAAAGACGACGCCGCGGCGGCCCCGGCCGACCCUGCUGCCACCGUGCCACUGGAAGUAUCGACUGUAAAGGUGGACAGACUGGAGGCCGUCCGCGACGCCUUCAGACACGCGUGGAAAGGCUACAGGGAACACGCCUGGGGUCACGACGAGCUCAAGCCCAUCUCCAAGUCGUUUGGGGAGUGGUUCGGUUUGGGUUUGACCCUCAUCGAUUCUCUGGACACCAUGUGGAUCUUGGGGCUAAAAGAAGAGUUUGAAGAGGCAAAGAACUGGGUAGAGAAAGAACUCACCUUCAACAAGAAUGUGGACGUUAACCUUUUUGAGACGACUAUCCGUGUGCUCGGGGGCCUGCUGAGCACCUACCACCUCUCAGGGGACCAGCUCUUCCUAGAGAAAGCAAAAGAUCUCGGGUCCAGGCUGAUGCCGGCCUUCAAAACUCCCUCAAAGAUUCCAUUCUCAGACGUGAACAUCGGGAAGGGAACCGCCCACCCCCCCCGCUGGACGUCCGACAGCACGCUGGCCGAGGUCACGAGCAUCCAGCUGGAGUUCAGAGAGCUGAGCCGCCUCACCCAGGAGCCUCAGUAUCAGGAGGUCGUGGACGAGGUGAUGAAGCUGGUCCACAAGCUGCCGGGCAAACACGACGGCCUGGUGCCCAUGUUCAUCAACACCAACAGCGGCCAGUUCUCCCACAAAGGAGUGUUCACGCUGGGAGCCCGGGCCGACAGCUACUACGAGUACCUGCUCAAACAGUGGCUGCAGGGGGGGAAGACGGAAGACGAUCUGCUGGAGGACUACCUGCAGGCCGUGGAGGGAGUGAAGAAGCACCUGGUGAAGCAGACGGGUCCCGGCAGGUUGACCUUCGUUGGAGAGCUGUCCCACGGCCGCUUCAACGCCAAGAUGGAUCACCUGGUUUGCUUCCUGCCAGGGACACUGGCGCUGGGGGCCCACAACGGGCUCCCCGGGGACCACAUGGAUCUGGCGGUGCAGCUGAUCGAGACGUGUCACCAGAUGUACACGCAGAUGGAGACGGGACUGAGCCCAGAGAUCGCUCACUUCAGCCUCCAGGCCAGCGACGGGCGGGACGUCGUGGUGAAGCCGGCGGACAGACACAACCUGCUGAGACCUGAGACGGUGGAAAGUCUCUUCUACAUGUUCAGAUUCACGAAUGACACAAAGUACAGAGACUGGGGAUGGGAGAUUCUUCAGAGCUUCAAUAAGUACACGAAGGUCCCCGACGGCGGCUACACGUCCAUUAACAACGUGCGUGACCCCCUGAACCCCGGGCCCCGGGACAAGAUGGAGAGCUUCUUCCUGGGCGAGACGCUGAAGUACCUGUACCUGCUCUUCUCCGACGACCCGGAGCUGCUCAGCCUGGAUAAGUUCAUCUUCAACACGGAGGCGCACCCUCUGCCCAUAUGGCCCUCCACGCCCAAGUGACGCUACCGUGCAGGAGACGUCUGUCAUGAACGACCGGGUGCACCGGAUCCUGUAUGAGUCCACCAGCUGCUGGGUCAGAUCCCCGUCCGGGCCGGAGCACAGCAGCUCUGUGGUGUCCACCGUCUCUCACCAUCCAGGAGUUCAUUAGUUUAUUCCUUUUUUCUUUAUUUUUGAUAUAAGGAAAAGGUUUCUGUUGGAGCUGGUCUCUGAUGUAAAACAAUCUUUUGUGACUAUCUGGAGCUGACGAGUAAGAAGAAAGUGUGAUUGCUUUAAUAACUGGGAAACACUGCAAGCUCUGGUGUGUGUGUGUGGUUACAACAAUUAUGAUUCCCCCCCCCCCUGUUCGUUUUAGAGGAGUAGAUCCUCGUUAGUCCUGUAGAGUCAGAAGUCGUGGCUGUGAAGUCACCAGUGGUGGAGUCCACUCAGCGAGAUGAAGCUCGAUGCUCUGAUGAAGUGAACACGUGCUCGUGUAUUAAAAUGAAGUUCAGUCA